AUGCACUCGGAUCCUGCUGCGCCUAAGGUCGAGUUGGUGGACUCCUCAGCCACUCUACGCGAGCUGCUUGAAGACCUCAGCCUGAUUCCUAGCUCGUCACCUCCCCUUUUCCUUGAUUUAGAAGGGGUUAAUCUGGGUCGCAACGGCUCUAUCUCCAUUUUAUCUCUCUACGCGGUGCAUAAAAAGACCAUAUACCUUGUUGAUGUCUAUAAGCUAGGAAAAGCCGCUUUCUCUAAUCCUCAGCCCGACAAACAUACUUCCUUGCGCGCUAAUUUGGAAUCUCCGAGCAUCAAAAAAGUUUUGUUUGAUGUUCGUAAUGAUUCGGACGCCUUAUUCAGCCACUACAAUAUUCGGCUUGACGGAAUACAAGACUUGCAGUUGAUGGAGCUCGCCACAAGAAGUGGGCCAAACAAAUAUGUUGCGGGAUUAGCGAAGUGUAUCGAAAGGGACAGUCCUAUCUCGGAUCUCAGAAAGGCAGAAUGGAAGAGACGCAAGGAUGAGGUUACCAAGAGUUUUGAUCCUGGCAAGGGUGGGAGUUACGAGGUCUUCAACAAGCGCCCUAUGACACCAGACAUCAGAGAUUACUUGCAAACGGCAACGAACGAUCGCAUUCGGCUAUCCCAGACACCCGAAUACAAUGGCCAGGCAAGUGACAAAGUUUUUGGGCCAUGGAAGGAAGAUUCUAGCAAGGAAUGGCACGCUUUUUUCGACGAGUGGGAAGACAAUCAUUUCGUGGACGACUUACUAUGCGAUGAACUACUCGACAACGGGGCUUAUGGUAUAUCGUUGGGACGACUAUGA